AUGGGACAUGGAUCAGGUAUGUUGAGCUUCCGCAGGCCCUCUUGGUUCCGUGUAGAUGGGAAUCGAGAACUGACAACACACGAUUCAUCACCAGAGCUUCACAAGACGUUGACUGGUGUGAUUUCUAGCUCUAGGUCUAGUACUAGUUCGUCCUCAUUUUAUGGUCGCCCACCAACCCCUGAGUCGAUUCCUGUGACACCCGAUGAUGAGCCUCACGGGGCUCUCGGCCUAACAACCCUUCACGAACCGUCACCUCCUACCAGCACUGCGGUAGAUAUUGUCUUUGUUCAUGGACUAGGCGGAGGAAGUCGCAAAACGUGGUCCUAUUCCGCCGACCGAUACCACUACUGGCCACAAGCAUGGCUUGCAAACGACCCAGCUUUCGCAGAUACGCGCAUCCACGCCUACGGCUACAAGUCCGACUGGGCUGAUAGGCAGCAAAGCAUCCUCAAUAUUCGGGACUUCGCCGCAUCUCUGGUCGGAGAACUGAAGAACAAUCCUAGUAUACGCCGUAGUAAUACACGUAUCAUAUUCGUUUGCCAUAGUAUGGGCGGAUGCGUCGUUAAGAAGGCCUACAUUCUAGCACGCCAGGAUCAGAAUUAUAAGGACCUAGCUGACAGAGUCCAUUCGAUCUUCUUCCUAGGAACUCCACACAGGGGUAGUGAUCUAGCGGCAAUCCUCAAGAAACGGUCUAUCAUCACGUGGGGUUCAAAACCGUUCGUCUCUGACCUCGUGCCGGAGUCGUCUACGUUGAGGGAUAUCAACGACACGUUUCGUCACUAUGCGCCGGAUCUGCGACUCUGGUCCUUUUACGAAACGCUUCCCGCGACGCCUAGGGUAUUGAACAAAAUCGUAGUCGAGAGACACUCGGCGACGCUUGGUUACCCCAAUGAAGAAAUCGUCGCCAUCAACGCUGACCACCGCCAGUUGUGCAAAUUCAACAGUUCGGCUGACCCCAACUACGUAACUCUAAGGAAUGCCCUCCACACGGCUGUCGACAUGAUAAGAUCGUCGCCACCCCGGGAUCUAGCCCUUUCACAAACUCAUGUCAACCUGAUUUCCACGCAGCCGGGUGCGAACCAAGAGAGCGUUAACCAACGCUUGAGGUCGUUCCUGGGCGUCGAAGAUACGCUAGAAGAUGAGCUUCGGAUUCUCCAACUGCUUCAAGAACCGGGGUCUUGCCUGUGGUUCUCGGAAUCGAAACACUUUGUGUCGUGGAAAGCGGGCAAGCCCCCAGGAAUACUCUGGCUCACUGGGAGACCAGCGUCAGGCAAAUCAGUUCUUUGCAGCCACGUCAUUGAGCAGGUAAAAUCCUCAGGUGCUUUUUACAGCUACUUUUUCUUUAGGCAAAAAGAGGAUAGCAAGUCCAUGCUAAGCGAUUGUUUGCGCUCUCUCGUUUUUCAAAUGGCCAUGCAAGACGGCCAGGUGGCGGAUAAGCUCCUUCAACUCGAAGGCGAAGGUGUGACCUGGGAUAUGACCGAUGAAUUGAGCGUCUGGAACAGGCUCUUCAUCGGUGCUGUAUUUAAACUGCCAUCUAUCCCUCAGCACUUUUGGAUAAUCGAUGGUGUCGACGAGUGUGCCAACUUCAACUCCCUCUUCACUAAGAGGAUCCUUGCUACACUUCCUAGAAGCCUUCGCUUUUUCGCUACCAGCCGCCCCUUGGACGAGAUCGGACGCGGUUUGGCGUCCCUCAAGUCGCGUGUGAACGUGCAGUCCUUGUCCGAAACCGACACGCUUGGCGACAUGCGGCUUUUCGUGACCUCGAGGCUCAGAGAACUAGACCGCCUGGAAAAUGAUGAAAGCGUUGACGCGAUGUGCGAGAAAAUCCUGGAAAAGUCAUCCGGGUCUUUCUUAUGGGUCAGACUCGUACUCCAAGAGUUCGAAAAUGCCUGGACCAGCGAAGCUAUGGACGCUGUCUUGAGCGAAGUACCUAUAGACCUUCAGGACAUGUAUCUUCGGAUGCUACAGUUGAUGGAGAAGGACAGGCGUAGAGUUAAGCUUGUUAAAUCCAUCUUGACGUGGGUCGUUCUAGCAUGCCGACCACUCACGGUUGCCGAGCUGCGUGUCGCUGUGAAGCUUGACAUCAAUGAGACGCUGCAAAACAUGAGCAAGGCGAUUCCCAGCUUGUGCCAUCAACUAGUCUUUGUUGAUAACGCUGACAGGGUGCACAUCUUACAUGCAACGGCGCGGGAAUUUCUUCUCGACGAAAUGCUUGACUCGGAGUUUGCCAUUUGUGGAGUUGAGAAGCACGCCCAUCUUAGCUCUCUACUGCUUCGAUACCUCACCAACGAUGCCUUCAAGCGGAACCCACUACCGCGGCGGAAGAGCUCGGGAAUUCGCGGGUUCACAAAGCCCAUUUCUAGCUUUUCCUCUGAGCUGUCCCUACUAGACCUAUUGGACUACGCGGCUUGCUUCUUCUCUGAGCACAUAUACCGAGGCACCUCAAGAGAUGAUCUCUUGAUGGACGAACUGUGUACCUUCCUGAAGGGCAAAACAAUACUCUCGUGGAUUGAGCACGCCGCCAGAAAUGGGAACCUGGGGCAUAUUACUAGGACGGCAACAAACCUACGUGGAUAUCUCGGCCGGAGAAUGAAGUAUCUCCCUCCCAUGGACCCCUCGGCUCAUCUUGUUGACUGCUGGGUAACCGAUCUAAUCCGGGUUGCUGCCAAGUUUCGGUCUCAGUUACUGGUCUGUCCAUCAUCUAUCUACUACAUUAUACCGUCAUUCUGCCCGUCAGAGUCCAUCAUUUCGAAAACCUUUGCCAGCGGUAUCCGACCUUCAGCAAUAACAGUUAGGGGCAUUCCACCGGCCACAUGGGACGACUGCUUGACCCGCAUCGACUUCGAGAGAGGUCGGACCACUGCCCUUAGCUAUGAUACCCAGUUCUUCGCAGUCGGCCUAUCAACAGGGCAAAUAUCACUCUACGACCCGCACUCCGUCCAGCGCGUAGCGAACAUCGUACACCCUGAAAGGGUCAGGAUGCUAGGGUUCAGCAACGACGGCGAAUACCUUGCUUCCUCCGGUGCCAAGACUCUGACUGUCUGGCAUUCGAGAUCUGGGACGCGGAUAUUUUCGUUCCCGCUACAGUCGGAGCUUAUCGCUUUUACUUUCUUAGACGGCGGCGAAUUUCUUUGCGCUUUUGCGUCUGGUGAGCUGAUCAAAUGGAAUCUUGACUCCGGCGAAUAUGAAACAAUAUCUUGGCGAGACUCGCAUGAUAAAGAUAUAACCGGUACUCUAGAGAUUCCCGAGCAGCCACCAAGUCGCGCGGCGUUCUUCACGGCGGGCGAAACGGUGCUGCUCGCCGUGGGCUACCGUAAUUACCCAAUCUUCAUCUGGAACGCGCUCGAGCUACAGCCGCUAGGACAAUGUGAAGCCGACGAGAAUAACGGGAUAGACGACAUGACAUUUAACCCCAACCCGGAGAUCGCUGCGUUAGCAGUUUCCUACAGCGACGGCAGGCUCUGCAUCUUCAACUACACCACCAUGGCACCAACCUUCACCCGGCCCAGCGUCUUCGCCAACAGCAUCGCCUGCUCCCCCGACGGCCGCAGCCUCGUGACCGGCAGCAGCAGGGGCGCGAUCGAGGUCUUCGAGUUCGACCAAGACCAGGCCGGAAACACGGUGCUGGUGCCCAUAUACGGCAUCCAAGGCUUCGACGACUCGAUCCGCGGCGUGGCGUUCAGCACGGACGGCCUGCGCUUCGUCGACCUGCACGACCGCCAGUGCCGCGUGUGGGCGCCCGCGGCGCUCCUGCGCAAGGACAACGAGCUUGAGAGCGUCAGCGACGCCGCGCCGCCUGUUCCCCAGAUCGUCGGCGUGCGAGGGGACGGGGAGGAGGGCCCGGAAAUCACAAGUGCUAUGGCUGUGUCGUCUAACGGCGGCGGCUAUGUUGUCGCUGGUAGGAGCAACGGCGAGGUCGUGGCGUUUUCCGCUGAAGAUGGCAAGGAGUUGGGUGUGCUCUACCGGCACGGACCUGGCGUAUCCGUUAUACAUGUCGCCUUGGGAGAGGCGCGCAAUUUAAUUGUUUCGGCGGAUGAUUCGGGUAGGGUGGUAGUGGUAGAACUGACUAUGUCCCUUCCCGUCUUCUCGGGGGCACAUAAGCUACCAGCUACUCGUGUCAUGCUAGAUCGCCGGUUCGGUGCCGCUGUUGUUAGUCUACUAGUCAAUCCGUCGGCGGACCGCCUUCUAAUCAGUGGACGCAACCUAAGCGAGUUGUGUGAUCUGCUGUCGGGACAGGUUUUGGGUUUAAUAUCACAUGUCGAUGGCGCUGUGGCAACGGCUCUCAGCCGGCAGACUGCUUCCUCGGACGUCAACGACGGUUCGACAGCAGCCGUAGCUUUCCAGCAUCCGACCAGCGAGGCCUGGUUCGUCUUGGUGCUCGCUAAUACUGCUCGAGUCUUCUGCUGGCCCGAUUUUCAGGAGUUAACUACCGCGAAUAGCAACGUUCUUCGGAAGUCCCCGACACCCCUCGAAGCUACGCGUACCUCAUCAUAUUACGUUGGACAGGGUCUCGUCCUGGAGUUAGUCCGAACAUCGCCCUCUGUGACUCCCCGACUCCAUGUCUGGUCGGCAUCAACCUUCGAUCCAGAAAAAUCGCGGCCAGAGUCCCAACCAUGUCUUCCUACGGAAGUGGAUAUUUCUGUUAUCCACGCCGAAAUUUUGGCUGUGCUUGGCAUCGUAGGUCAGUCUACGGUUCUCCUUAUAGACGCCAACCUCUGGGUAUACAGCAUGGAGCUUCGCCCAGCGCAAGCGGUACCACACGCUCGCGCCAGCUUUUCCUCAGGAAGAGCAAUAGCGCGGAACGAGCUUAAGUCAACUACGCAACAGGUGCUCCCGGUGUUCGUAAGGAGACAUUUCUUUGCCCUAAGCGAGUGGCGCAUGGCUAGUGGAGAGUUGCGGUGCGCAAUAGCGCAGCGUACUGGUGGCACAGAUUUCUAUUUCGCGAGUAGAGAGUACAUCGUCGUCCUUCAAGGAGGAUUGGAGUUUUCGGAGGUUAUGACCGCUGGCUAG